AUGCAUUCUUAUUUGGUUUCAUCACAAAGGAAGCCUGAUCUUGAUUUACGGAAGUGGAGCCGAUUGUAUUUCUGUACGGUUCGAUUCUGCGGAGAUAUAAGUGAAAUUGGCAGAUGCCAAUUAACAAACAGGUUUACAUUACUUCCACUUUGUACAAAGGCAGCAAUGGAACACAAAAAGUUAAAGCAUCAAGCUGCUGGUCAUGAUGGUUCAUUUACUGAUACCGAGGAGAAGUUGCUGUUCAAGCUGACAAUCCCUAAGGAGGUGGCAUUUUACACAGAUAUACAGUCUAGAAAGGACAAUGUGGAUAUAGAGUAUCCCUUGGAAUGUUGGAUGCCAACCUUUGUUGGAACGUUGACUCAGGGAGUAGUAUCUUUACCUAACCAGAAGGACAUUACGAUAUUGAAAGAUGAAGAUGUUUACAGUGGCCCAUUGGUUGCACACCUGAAAUCGCUAUCAAUAGGUGGGGAGCAGGAAUACGUGGUGUUAGAGAACCUUAUAUAUGGGUUUAAUAAGCCGAAUAUUCUAGACAUAAAGUUGGGCAAGCGGUUGUAUGAUGAUGAUGCAUCGGAGGAAAAGAAAAACAGGUUGAAGUUAGUCAGUGACAGUACUACUUCAGGGUCAAUGGGUCUAAGAAUCUGUGGCAUGAAAAUACAAAAAAAUGACCUUAUUACAGGUUUAGACAGAAAGCACUAUGAAUGUGAGAAGGAUGAUUAUGUUUAUGUUAAUAAGUUUUAUGGUCGUUCGAGGACAUCAGAAGACAUGAUUGAUACGUUUAAAUUAUACUUUAGUCACACAAAGCUUUCCAAAGAUAGACGUGCACAGCUAGUUCACCUUUUUUACGACAGAUUACAGUUUUUCUACAAUACUCUACUUGACGAAGAGGUUCGCAUGUUCUCAAGCAGUCUACUAUUUAUUUAUGAAGGUGAUCCAGAUCGUUGGGACCAGUUGAACGAUAAAGACACUUUAUUCAGGCAUAAUUUUAUUGAUUCCGAUAGUGAUGAUAGCGACGAUGGUAGUGAUAGUAAUGAGGAUGAGAAGCAUGUAGCUCCACUUAGUUCCAUGUCUUUGAUAGAUUUCGCCCACUCUAAAUUGGUGAAAGGACAGGGGUAUGACGAGAACGUAAUAGAGGGUGUAGAAAACAUGUUAAGCAUAUUUGACAACCUCUGUCAUAUUUACAAGUGA